UUCACGACAGUGGAGAACGCGUUCGCGUCAGCAGCAUGAAAACUGCAGUUCUGACAUAUUAUGAUAAAGAUGGAGUUCAUUAAAGAGGAGAUUGACAAUAUGAGUGAUGCGGAAUCAUCCAGAAUGAAUCACGAAGAUACUGAGGAACAAACAGAACUUAAGGAAGUGAAGGAGGAACAUUUAGAACUGAACGAAGAGGAAAAUAAUUUCUCCCAAAGAACAGAAGCCAAAAACCCCUUCACCUGCCCUCAGUGUGAAAAGAGGUUCACACAGAAAGGAAGUCUCAUUAGUCACAUCAGAAUCCACACCGGAGAGCGUCCGUACACGUGUCCGCAAUGCGGGAGGAGCUUCACGCGUAAAUACAGCCUGAAUGUGCACCUAAGAGUCCAUACUGGAGAGAAACCAUACAGUUGUCCUCAGUGUGCGAAGACUUUCACGCAAAAGGAACACCUGAAUAAUCACAUAAGAAUUCACGCUCGAGAGAAACGCUUCGUGUGUCAGCAAUGCGGAAGCGGUUUCACACGCAACGACAGCCUGAAGAACCACUCCAGGAUUCACACUGGCAUAAAGCCUUUGAUUUGCCCUCAGUGUGGAAGGAGUUUUAACUGGGCUCACAAUUUCAACAGCCACCUGCUCGCUCAUGCCGGAGCGAAGCCUUUCAGCUGCGAUCGGUGUGGCGAAAAAUGUCCAUCCGCGUCUGCUCUAAGAUACCACCUCCAAGCUCAUGCAAACGAAAGGCCUCACUUGUGUUCUUCGUGCGGAAAGAGUUUUGCGCGGCUGGACUCUUUUAAAGUGCACCAGAAGUUGCAUAGCGGCGUGAGACCUUACGUGUGCUCAGACUGCGGCAGGACGUUUAAUAAAGCCACCAACCUGAAAGAGCACCAGAAGAUUCAUACUGGAGAAAGACCGUACAAGUGUUCGCAUUGUGACAAGAGUUACAGCCAGUCGGGAUCCCUGAAAGCACACGAGCGGGUUCAUACUGGAGAGCGCCCGUAUCGCUGCGCUCAGUGUGGGAAGAGUUUCUUCAAAUCCAGUCAUCUGUUGGCACACACAGAAAUACACUGUCCAAAGGCUUCACAGUGAUUUGGAUCAACCAAAAGCAGACUUUGAACUGUCUAAGAAGAUAUUGUCUGGUAUAAGUGCAGUGUUUUGAUGUAAAGAAAUGUAAAAAAUAAAUGUAUGCAUGAUAGCUGAAAUAACAUAAAGAGACGUAAAAACGCACUUUUAUUUUAAAGCAAGACACUCAAACAAGUUUUUUCAUGCACUGGUCAGUUUUGAGAUUUUGGGUUUUCAUAGCAUGUUGUUUCAGACAGAAAUGAUCCGAAAUGCACCUUUAAGUGUCUAUUUUAUUGCACUUUAUAUAUUUGCUUCUGAUUUCAAAUACAGCGUACAGUUUUUCCCCUCCGCUUGAGCUGCACUUUUACACACACACCAAAUUUUAUUUCUAUCUAUAUUCUGAUUGUUUUUACAGAGGGGUUUGUUCAUAUACCAUUCGCCUGAUAUAUAUUUAACAUUUUAUUCCUGAAAACAUGAUGAAAAUUAUUUAUUUUCUGGCUUUUGACUGUUUCCGGAUUCAUGGAGUGAUAAAAAGAGUGAUAAAAACCUCUAAUGUGUCAACAAAAUGAAAGGAAUUUUUAACCCGGCUCUAUCCAGUGUUCAGAUUUGUAUGAAAAUGAGUGCAAAUUUAAUUAGAUAAAGCAUCAUAAGAUUUUUAGAAAACUUGUAAUACAAAAAAAUGUUUGCAAUAUUUAAUGUAUCAUCAGGGGAAGUAUGGUGAUAAAUAUUAGUUAAGUUUUACCAUAUUCAUCUGGGGUGUUUUGCCUUAUACUUAAAAAAACUGUUUGAAAAUAAAUAUGAAAAUAAAUUAUUCUUUUUUUUUUAUAUUGUAAUCUGAUUGUCAUAGGACAAUCAUUUGUUCGUGCUUGAAUGAUAUAUUAUUGCAAUUUAUAUACUUUUUCUUAUUUAACUGACAGAAUAAAAAAGCCUGUUGAUUGAGUCAAAAAGAAGAAUUUGCAUAAAAGUAUAAUCAACAGGAUUAUUUUUGGCAGUGUAGUAAAUAAACCAUAAUGU